AUGACCGGCUCUCUGCAGAGAGAGGUGAAAUAUUUCCAGUUUCCUGGAGAGCUCCUGAUGAGGAUGUUAAAGAUGCUCAUUCUUCCCCUCGUCGUCUCCAGUUUGAUGUCGGGGCUGGCAGCCCUGGAUGCCAAGUGUUCCAGCCGCCUGGGCAUCAUGACCGUCUCCUACUACCUGUGGACCACCUUCGUGGCGGUGGUGGUGGGCAUCCUCAUGGUUACCAUCAUCCACCCAGGGGGCGCCGCCCAGAAGGAGGACAACGAGGACAGCGGCAAGCCAAUCAUGAGCUCCGCUGAUGCCCUGCUUGAUCUGAUUCGGUAA